AUGGGCGGGCCUGUUCAACAUGGUCUCCCCGACGUUUGUCAAAAUAGCGAGUUCCGCUGUUCAAGUCGGCCUAUUGGUGAAAUCAUCGUAAGGGGGAUCCCCAUAAUAGGCGUGACUGCGGAUGAGUUGGGCGAGGAGUUUGGGGUAGUAUGUACUGAUCCAAUCGCAAUUCGGUUGAUUUCUGGAAUCAUUCCGUAUAGCUACCUGAAGAUAGUCAGAGGAACAUCUGGAUUCCCUCAAACACUCCGGCGAGAGGGAGUGGCUCUCAGCCGAACAUGCUCUCCAUACCCUGACAGAACGCAUCCAUCAAGAGUGGAAUGCACGCCAGGUGGCCAGUCUCCUCCUCUUGGAUGUAUCUGGAGCAUACGAUCACGUUUCACAUACCAUGUUGCUGUAAUCUCAGAAAGCGCGCCAUUGACCUGA